GGGCGGGGACAGCGGUGGCGGGAGCGGGCGCCGCGGUCUCGUCGCAGGCUGAGGCCUCGCCCGGCGACCCUGCCUGCCGCCGCCCCCACACUCCCUCCUCCGGCGGCGCGCAGUCCCGGCCGCCCCUCUCCGGACGUCGACAGAGCGUCCAAAGCGGGCCACGUCCACUGUGUACGGCCCUCGCGCAUCUCCUCGGGUGGUCCCGCUUCCGUGACCCCUGAAGGGCGAAGACUCGUGGGUGGGACAAGUGGCGAGCUGGCGCUCUGCAGCCUACUGCGGGCGGCGGGGUGGCGGCGGGGUGGCGGCGGGCACAGGGAGGGCAAGAACCUGAAAGUGCGAGUGCUGAGCCUCCGGGUGUCGGUUUCGGGGUCGCCGGGCGGUCAGCGCCGUCUGACCCGCUCCCACGCCCUGCGUUUCGGAGGCCGGAGCGCAGCCCGGCCGGGGUGCUUUCUUACUCGCUGGGGGCCUGGAGCUGAGAAGGGGUGGGCAUGGCCAGCGUCCCCCAGCUGUUCGACGACCUGUGCGAGGCCGUCCUGCCGGCCGCGAAGGCUCACCUGGGCCAGCACGGCGGGAGCCGGAAGAGGGCAAAGCAGAGACUUAAGAGGGUGGCCUACAAUGCCCUUUUCACGAAUCUCUUUCAAGAUGAGACUCAUAAACUGCAGCCUGAUCUCUCCAGACUCCCAGUGAAGAACAGGAUCCUCAUGCUGUCCUUCGACUUGAGAGUGGGUGGUCUGGGCCCCGAGGCUGACCGUCUGGAGGGACUGGUGGAGGAGCUGCUAGCAGCCCCUUGCUGUCCGUUCGUGGAGGUGGGGUCUGUUUUGGGCCUCCUGGUUCAGCUGGCAGGGAGCGGCCCCCCUCAAGUGCUGCAGCGCAAGCGGGACUACUUCUUUAACAACAAGCAUGUGGGGAGAAACGUGCCCUACAGCGGCUACGACUGCUACGACCUGAGUGCUUUUGAGAUGGACGUUCAGUCUUUGAUCUCCAGAGAGGAGUACUUGUGUCAGGACAUGAUCCAGAAGGCGCUUCAGGUGAUGGAGGCGGCCCCAGGCACUGGCCUGCCCACCGCGGGGCUCUUCUCAUAUGGGGACCCUUGCGGUGACAGGUUUGAGAGAGACACCCGGGUCUCGCUUUUCGGCGCUCUGGCGCACAGCCGCACAUAUGACAUGGAUGUCCGGCUAGACCUGCCCCCGAUGCCGGACAGUGCAGACCUCUCUGGAUUGGCCAUUAAGGUUCCUCAGAGUGUGGAUCAGUCCGACGAUGAAGGGUUCCAGUCAGCAUCUAAUUUGACUCCUGACUCCCAGUCUGAACCAGGCAUGACUCCAGACAUCGACCUGUGGGAUGCCGUGCUCACCUACGAGGCCAGCAAGCGGAGGUGCUGGGAGCAAGUUGGAUGCCCCCCUGGCCACAGAGAGGAGCCCUACCUCACGGAGGCCGGAAGGGACGCCUUUGACAGGUUCUGCAGGCUCCGCCACGGGGAGCUGCAGGUGCUUGGCGGGGGCCUGCUGCAGGCCCCACAGCCCGUCCUGGUAAAGGAGUGCGAGCUGGUGAAAGAUGCGCUGAAUGUCCUGAUUGGGGUCGUGUCUGCCACGUUUUCCCUCUGCCAGCCAGCUCAGACCUUCAUGGUGAAGCGGGGUGUCCACGUAUCAGGAGCCUCCCCUGAGAGCGUCAGCAGUCUCCUCUCAGAGGUGGGCGAGUGGGGGACACACUACACACGCCUGAGCCAGUUCUCUCUGCAGCCUGUGCUGGACUCCUCGUGCAGCAAGGGCCUCGUGUUCCAGGCCUUCACCAGCGGCCUGAGGAAGUUCCUGCAGUAUUACCGUGCCUGCGUCCUCUCCACUCCGCCCACCCUGAGCCUCCUCACCAUUGGCUUUCUUUUCAAGAAACUGGGCCGGCAGCUCAGGUACUUGGCUGAGCUCUGCGGUGUUGGCACUGCACUCCCAGGUAGUGGGGCCGGAGAACCCAAGCCUGCAUUCCCCACCGGGGUGAAGCUGCUCUCCUACCUGUACCAGGAGGCUCUCGAUAAUUGCAGCAACGAGCACUACCCAGUGCUGCUGUCCCUGCUGAAGACCAGCUGCGAGCCCUACACGAGGUUCAUCCACGACUGGGUGUACAGUGGGGUCUUCAGAGAUGUUUACGGGGAAUUCAUGAUCCAGGUGAACCGCGAGUACCUGGGCUGCAGAGAUAAGUUCUACUGGACCCACGGCUACGUGCUCAUUUCCAAAGAGGUGGAGGACUGCGUCCCUGUGUUCCUGAAGCACGUCGCCCACGACGUGUACGUCUGCGGGAAGACCAUCAAUCUGCUGAAACUCUGCUGCCCCCAGCAUUACCUCUACUGGUCUGACGUCCCCGUCCCUCGGAUCUCAGUGAUUUUCUCCCCCGAGGAGUUGAAGGAGGUCGAGAGGGACUGUGCCAUCUACGUGGGGCGGAUGGAGAGGGUAGCGCACCACAGCUCCAUCAGCAAGGAGGAGAAGGAAUUACGAAUGGAAAUUGCAAAACAAGAAUUGAUUGUCCAGGCCCGGGAAGCAGCGUCCAGGGUCCUGCGAGCGCUCAGUGAUCGGCAGACGUCGGAACGCAUGGCCUUGGACGCCCGGAAGCGAGAGCAGUUUCAGAGGCUGAAGGAGCAGUUUGUGAAGGACCAGGAGCGGCGCUGGGCGGCCAGGCAGGAGGCUCUGGAUGACGACUUGGGCCAUGCGCGGGCGCUCCGCGACAGGGAGAGGAGGCUGAGGGCCCUGGAGGAGCAGCUGGAGAGGAAGACGAGGCAGGCACUGGUUGACCAUUAUAGCAAGUUGUCUGCGGAAGCAGCUCGUCGAGAGCAGAAGGCACUGUGGAAAAUCCAGAGGCACCGAUUGGCAAGUGCACGGCUUCGCUUCCUCGUAGAAGAUCAGAAGCUCAUUCGGGGGAUGCUGAGGGACGUGUCCGAAGGGAAGGCCCUGGAGCCACUCUCUGUCCUCCCUGCUGCCGGCUCCCAGGCUUUGUCUCCGGGCCCCGGGCACUCGGCGGGAGGCAGCAGCUCUGACUCUGGGCAUGCAGAACAGCGCGUGGUUGCCUGGGAUUGCCCGAAUGCACGGACGCCGCAGCGGCUCUCGCCUCCAGCAGCAGGGGCCUGUGGCUCGGGGCCGGUGGACAGGCCGGGGCCGUUCUCUGGGGGCCUCAGCAUCCAAGACUUCCUGCCCGCAGCUCUGGAGGCCGAGCCGCCUGCACACUCUGGCGUGGCCCCUGUCCUGGAGGAGGCGCUGCACACCAUCGGCUCAGACCUGCCUCCCUCGGCUCCAUCCGAAGUGGUGGGCCCAGGGCCUUCGGGGCCACAGGAGUAUGAUUUCAGAACCAUCCUGAGGCCAGCUGUAGCCCCCUGGGCUUCCCCAGGGUCCCUGAAGACUGCAGGAGGCGGCUCGAGUGAUGAGGGGCAGCAGCUGUGGGGGGGCAGUGUCAGGCGGCCACAGGGUGCAAGUGUCUCAGACAGGCAGGUGGCUCUGCCUCCCCCCCACCCCUCUGGGUACCCCCUCCCCCAGAACGGGAGUAGCCAGGCCAUGGGGCAGCUCCUCGGGCGUGCGUCAGAGGGCAGUGUUCCCACAGGGGGCUGUGCUUCUGGGACGGCCCCCUCGCGGCCACGGUGGAACGUCCACGGACAUGUGUCUGACGCCAGGAUCAAGGUGGGGGAGAACGUGUGGGACGUGGCCCCCUCGCGGCCACGGUGGAACGUCCACGGACACGUGUCUGACGCCAGCAUCAAGGUGGGGGAGAACGUGUGGGACGUGGCCCCCUCGCGGCCACGGUGGAACGUCCACGGACACGUGUCUGACGCCAGCAUCAAGGUGGGGGAGAACGUGUGGGACGUGGCCCCCUCGCGGCCACGGUGGAACGUCCACGGACACGUGUCUCAGUCCCAUGUGGUCCUGGGUGCGCUCUCUGGGGAAGGCCAGCCUGAUCCACCCAGGCCCUGCCAGAGCCCCCCUGACCAUGUGUCCCAGUCAGGCCUCAGCCUGGGAGCACAGAGCCCUGUCUGGGAGCACGAGCCACGGCUGCCUGCAGAGACAGCCUCUGACAGCUCCUGUGCUCAGGAGGCUGGCUCCAGUAGUGGGCAGGCGAGUGGCCUCCAGCCUUCGCUGUCUGCAGUGGCUGCAUCCGGGGAUCUGGGAGAUGGUAUCCCCAAGGAGCCAGGACCAGGGACGAGUGGGGACACUGAGGACCUCUCUCCAGGUCACCCUCCAAGCUCACAGGAAGGCGCGGCGGCCCAGAGCAGCCCCGGCCUCGGUGAGGAGGCGGCUGCGGCCCAGCGCUGGGGCCAGGAGCAGGCCUACCUGGCGGGUCUGAUAGAGCAGUACCGGCUGGAGCAGUACCCGGACAGCUACGAGGCCAUGUCAGAAACUCCCGCCGCCCACCUGCUACACCACGGGCUUCCCCGCGCCUUCGCCCUCCCGGAGGACCCCCGGACCCGGUCAGAUGCAGAUGAGACCGCGGUGCAGCUGAGCGAGCUGCUGCCCCUGCCCGUGCUCAUGAAGCACUCCAUCACUGCCCCGCUGGCCGCGCACGUCUCGUUGGUGAACAAGGCCGCCGUGGACUACUUCUUCGUGGAGCUCGGCCUGGAGGCGCACUUCGAGGCGCUGCGGCACUUCCUGCUCAUGGAGGACGGGGAGUUCGCACAGUCGCUCAGCGAUCUGCUGUUUGAGAAGCUGGGGGCGGGGCAGACGCCCGGGGAGCUGCUCAACCCGCUGGUGCUCAACUCCGUGCUGAGCAAGGCCCUACAGUACAGCCUGCACGGGGACACCCCGUUCGCGGACAACCUCUCCUUCGCCCUCAAGUUCCUGCCCGAGGCCUUUGCCCCCAACGCCCCGGACGUGCUGAGCUGCCUGGAGCUCAGGUACAAGGUCGACUGGCCCCUCAACGUCGUGGUCACCGAGGGCUGCCUGAGCCGCUACAGCGGCAUCUUCUCCUUCCUGCUGCAGCUGAAGCUGAUGAUGUGGACGCUCAAGGACGUUUGCUUCCACCUCAAGCGCACAGCUCUGGUGAGCCAGGCGGCCGGCUCGGUGCAGUUCCGCCAGCUGCAGCUGUUCAAGCACGAGAUGCAGCACUUCGUCAAGGUCACCCAGGGCUACAUCGCCAACCAGAUCCUGCACGUCACCUGGUGUGAGUUCCGAGCCCGGCUGGCGCAGGUGGGUGACCUUGAGGAGAUCCAGCGUGCGCACGCCGAGUACCUGCACAAGGCUGUCUUCAGGGGCCUGCUGACAGAGAAGGCUGCGCCCGUCAUGAACGUCAUCCACAGCAUCUUCAGCCUCGUCCUCAAGUUCCGCAGCCAGCUUAUCUCCCAGCCCUGGGUCCCGGCCAGUGGCCCCCGGGGUGCAGAGCACCCUAACUUCGCUCUCAUGCAGCAGUCCUACAGCACCUUCAAGUACUACUCCCACUUCCUGUUUAAAGUGGUGACCAAGCUGGUGAACCGCGGCUACCAGCCCCACCUGGAGGACUUCCUGCUGCGCAUCAACUUCAACAACUACUAUCAGGAUGCCUGAGGCCACGGGACACAGGUGCCACCCCCCCACCCCUCCUGCAUUUGGUUCCCUGCUUGGGGGGCGGCGUCUGCAGCCACCUCCCAGGGAGAGGUAACGCGAGCAGUCCGCGCCCGGCCGCCUGGAGCCUCACCCAUACUCCUGGAGCCAGUCAGCCC